GUAAUUUCUGACGCGUCCUUUCCACCACAUUCUCCAGUCUUCCUCAUUUCUGUUCCCGAUCUUCCAAGCCAGAUUACUUUUUCCUUUCAUCGGAUAUUUCUUCAUCCCUACAGCUCAUCCUUUGUUGAUCAUGACUAUAGAGACGCCAUUCUCAAAUUCAUCCCCCGUUCCUCUGCGUACCGGUCCACCGACCAAAGAAGAACUAAUAGUGUAUUACCCAGCGAAGUUUACGUGGAACCAGCUCAAGACCUUCGUCAAUUCUGGGGAUCUUGGUCUUUUGAAGCGCGACAAGAAGCUUCAAGAACGGUACGAGCUCUGGGCCAAGAGCAUCAAACUCAAAUACGGCUCUAUCGUCAACUACCUCUUGAACUUCCGCCUCCAGUGGGGAAAACCAGAUACUUUGUCCUUACUUACCUCCGCCUUGGAUGACAGCGACCUAGUUAGGAACCACAUAGAUCCUUUACACGCAGACACCUCCAUUACAAGAGAUCUGCCCCCUUUACCCGAAGACGCGCCGUCAUACUUUGCAGCUGAUAUUCCAUCCGAAUAUAUCAGUAUCAUUCAAAACGACUGGCCCUAUUCCGUACCGUCCGAUGUCGAACAUACAUUAAUUUGGACACGUAUCCCAAUUUAUCAUCCCGACAUAAUCGCAGACAGCAUAUCGGCGCGGAUCGCCCAAGACGGCCUGUGGGGUUUUACAGGGAAUACGUCCCCUCCCCCUUCGCCAUCGACUCUUCAUCUCUGUCUGCCCGCGCUUUCUGAGUGGGGCAUCACUAAGGAGAAAAUGAUCAUCUCUACCAGAGGCACCGAGGAGGAAGAAGCUUUGGUUAAAUGGGCCGGUGAGAACGUGAACGACUUUGUUAAGGAGCGCUGGAUGGAAGAGGAGUGGGAAACCGCAUGGUUUGUGAACCCUUUCAGACUUCAGAGUGUACCGGGACUAGCACAUAUCCAUGUUUUCGCAAGACACAAAUGAUUUUGCAUGAUUGUUGAGCCCUC